ACACACACACACACACCAGUCACUACUUUCCCCAGAAGAGCUAGGACAGUUAAAUUUGCACAGGUAGCAGAAGGUCGAUGCAAAUCCCUGUCAGGAGCAGGGUUGAAUAAUGAUUAAAGGGGAUUAGGAGGAGGGUCAUUGCUUGGCUAGUAGUGCUUGUGGCUGCCUUUAUACAACCUGUCUGUCUACUACUACUAUCAUUGUGCUACCAUACUCCUUGCUUUAUUUGAGCAUGCCUUGAAGACAAGAACAAAAAGAUGAGUUGGAAAACUUACUUGAGCCUUUCUGUUAAUCGCUAAGCAGUUAAGGUAAGUGGACGGGACAAGGGACAGCUUAUCACCCAAUGAUUUUUAUUGAACAUUUUAUUGACAUUGUAAGGUGCUUUUUCAUUCCGGAAGUAUAAAGACGUCUUUGAUAUUUGGUCAUGUUUGUUGUCAGAGCAUGUAAAAUAGUGUGUAAUACACAAAAUCAACAGCGUCAACACAAACAGGCUAAGCUGCUUAUGAAAGGACCCCUGGCACUUUCUACAUCUUCUCACCAAAUCGACAGCUCCUGUUCUUGAAUUACUAUCUUCAUCCAUCCACAGGAAAAAAACAGGCGAUAUAAGCAAUGGCCGUUUUGAAAGUGACCUUUACCAAGACCAAGAGGGACAAACUAGCUCAGGCGCUUUGGAUCCUAAAUUGGAUCUCCGUGGGGACGGGCGUGAUCCUUUUCAGCCUGGGCCUCUUCCUGAAAGUGGAGCUCAACAAGCGGUGGGAGCUGAUGGCCGACACGGACAUUCAGUAUGUUCCCAACAUGCUCAUAUCCGUCGGCCUCAUUGCCUGUGCCAUUAACUUCCUGGGCGGGAAGAUCUGCUACGACUGCGUCGACACGGCCAAGUUCCUCCGCUGGAAGCUAAUCAUGUUGCCCUACAUUGUAUGCACCUUCUUCUUUACCUUCUGCGUGCUGGUGGGGGCUCUCAUGUGCUACACCAUGCACUGGGAGCUGGAUGAGUCCCUGCGAGAAGGCCUAAGCAAGGCCAUGAAGUACUACAAGGAUACGGACACACCGGGAAGAUGCUUCUUGAAGCGUGCCGUGGACAUGCUUCAGAUAGAGUUCCAGUGCUGCGGCAACAAGGGUUAUAAAGACUGGUUCCGAAUCCAGUGGAUCAGCAACCGAUACCUGGACAUGUCUCACAGAGAAGUGGUUGAUCGCCUGAGGAGCAACGUGGAAGGCAAGUACCUGAUGGACGGCGUCCCCUUCAGCUGUUGCAAUGUCAACGCCCCGCGGCCAUGCAUCCAGCAUCAAAUUAGCAACAACUCCGCCCACUUCAACUAUGACCACCACACGGAGCAGCUCAACCUGUGGCCCAAUGGGUGUCACCAGGUUCUCUUGGACUACUACUGCGGCAUCGUACACUCCAUCGGCCUCACGGUUCUCAUCACGUGGCUCUUUGAGCUGUCGGUGUUGACGGGCGUGCGUUACCUCCAGACAUCCUUGGAGAACAUGCUGAGACUUGGAGACCCCGACUGCGAAUCUGACGGCUGGUUGCUGGAGAACAGCUUCAUAGAAACGGCUCGAAUCAACCUGAACAUCAUCAAAACCCUCAGCAAAAACAACCACGUGGACACCGCCAACAACGGGGACCCCAACAUCAACGUACCUUCCACUUCCAAAGCUCGCUACGGGCCAGACAAUGUGCCUCCCCAGCAAAUAUCUGCAGCCAGCUGACCAGGAAUAGUUAAAUAGUCUGGCCUGUGGAAAAUACCAAUGUGGAAAAUAGUAAUUUGUUCAAUCAA